AUGAAGAUUUUGGCAUUAGUAACAGGUGCAUCAAGGGGAUUUGGUUACUCUAUAGUCGACCAGUUGAUUAAAGAAACUACAAAUCGUUUACCAAAUGAUGAUGACGAUGGAGCAUCAUCUGACCAGAAUUCAAUCGUCAUUGAUUUAUACCUCUAUGCAAGAUCACUUGGCAAUCUAGAAUCAACAGAGAAAAUGGUCAGGGAACAAUUCAAUAACAAAUCAAUCAAUGUAUUGGUAAACAAGUUUGCAAUUGAUUUCUGUGAUAUUCAAGACACUGAAAUUGCUUUUAGAAAUUCAUUAAUUAAUAUUGAAUUCAAGGAUUAUCAAAAGGUCAUAUUUUUUAAUAAUCAUGGUGCAUUAAGUAUUUUGAAAAGAGUUGACAGUUUAUCCAAUUUUAAACAAAUUUCAAAUGAUAUACAUUCAAAUUUGACUUCAUUUGUAGUUACCAAUAGUAUCUUUAUGGAAAAGAUCAAAGAACAGAAUAAUCCAAUUUUACCCAACACAUCCUUUUUCCUCAUCAAUGUCUCUUCUUUGGCUGCCAUCAAGGCAUAUGAUGCUUGGAGUAUUUAUUGCUCAGCAAAAGCUGGGUACGCAUUAAAUUAUGCACCUGGUCCAAUGGAUACAGACAUGCAAGCAGAGAUUAGAGCAAACACUGUCGACCAAGAAUCAAAAAGACAUUGGGUUGAUAUGAAAGACUCUGGUAAAUUGGUUUGUCCAUUUGAUUCAGCCUCCAAGUUGGUGAGAUUAAUUUUCGAUAACAACUUUGAAUCAGCUGCUCAUAUCGAUUAUUAUGAUCAAGAAUGGUAG